UAAAAAGUUUGAAUAAGAAUUCCAUUUUUUAUAUAGAAAAAAAAAUUGUUGAAAAUAUGCUAUUUUUUUCCGGUGUAAACCCAUGUAGCCCCUUAAUUCACUCGCUUAACCACUCUUCACGAAAUCAAUCUAUUUAUCACUUUAAUUAUAACUCUUUAAAAUUAUCUCUCUUCAGUACUGUAUUUCUUCUAACGUAUUUUUCCAAUCUGUUCACUGUUUUAAAAUUUGUUAAUCACCCCAUCUAUUGUUCUAUCUAGUGAAAAUUAAUUGAAGAGGACGUGCGUAGUGUGUGAAGCGCGGCAGAUUCAAAUGAAAGUCUACUUUUCCUACAUAUAUAUGUUUUAACAUAUUAUAAUGAUAAAUGAAUUAAGUUAACAAAGAUUAUCUUAAAUAAUUUACUCGAAUUAGCCGUACAAUUAGUGUUCCGUAAUAUUUCCUUCACUAUUUUUUAUAGGAGUACAAUGUUCAUAGGUAUAACCUGGUCUUUAUUAGAGUUAGAAGGUCUUUUAGAAGAUGAAAAUUCACAAGUAUAUUAUGAACGUCUGAAUAAACAUCUUGGAUUACAUCCAUUUCAUUUGAAUGAUCUUAGUACAGCAUUAGAUGAAAUAUUAAGUUCUGGUUUGAACACAUAUGAUACCGAGUUACAAGGUUUUCUUUUAGCUUAUAAAAAUCCCAAAUUACUUACUACUUAUGGAGAUAUAUUUUAUGAUUCAUAUUAUAUUCAUAUCAAUAUUGAAGCAGACUUUUAUGUAUUUAGACCGCAAAUUGGGAAUUUGUUAAAAGGUGUUGUUCAUAAAAAGGGAGUUAACUACAUCGGUGUGCUUWUGCACAAAACUUUUAACGUAUCUAUUCUCAGACCGGAGAAUGCUGAAAAAUGGCCAGGCGAUAUGGUAAAUAUAGGUCAAGAAGUUAGAUUUGCAGUUACGCACUUGGAUUAUAAUAGUAGAUUACCAUUUAUUCGAGGAGUAUUCAAUGAAACCGACUAUCUACAAGGUUGUAAAUUACCUUUACACAAAGCUUCUAAUGGAUCAUUUUAUGAAGCUAAUGAAAGCGAUGAUACAGAUAGUUCGAGUGUAGUAAAACGUCAAUCUAUGAAUAAGAAAAAGWGAAAGUCGAAAGAAAUAGAUAAACAAGUAUUUUCAGAAGAACAUGUUACAAAUAUGAAAAGAAGUUUUACUAGCGAAGAUACAAAAAAUGAAUAUAAURGUAAGCAUUCUAAGAAAAAGUUGAAAAAAUCUGAAGAAUCAACGAUUGAAACAGAAAAGGAGAAAAAACAUUUUGAUAUCUCUUACYACGAAGCUGAUUAUUUAAAUGAUGGUGAAACGUCCGUUAAGAAAAAGAAAAAACGUGAUAAAAGUUUGAAAAGAAAAUCUGGAGAAGUAUCUGAAAUAACRGAUUCAGAGUUUGAUUAUAGUAACGUUAAAGUUAAAUUAGAAAAGAAUAUUUCCAAUUCUGAAAGUGAAUCAAAUAUUCAUGUAAAAAAAUCUAAAAAGCAUUCUAAAAAGUCUAAACAUGCUAUUGAUGAAAGCGUAUAUUCCGAAGUACAUGAAUUAGAAAAUGAAAAUCAUUCUGAUAAUGAAUUUAGUACACCAAUUAAAUCAGAGAAAUUGUCCAAGUUAAAUAAUAUCAAAGAAGAAUCUACAAAUCAUAGACGGAAAUCAUCUAAUAAGCGAAUGAAAAGAUCUUCAACAGGUUCUGAAUCUGAAUUUGGUGAUAAUGUUACAAUUAAAAUUGAAAAAUCUAGCAAAUCAGAGAACACUCAAGAAAGCAGUAAAGAACAAAAAAUCAAGGUUAAAUCAGAAAAAUCUAUGUUUAAUAACGAAGACAGUGAAAUCGGUUCAAAGAAGAAACAUAAAAGAAAACGUGCUACAACACCAGAAGUAGAAGACUAUGAACUUGUCCCAAUAAAGAAAGAAAAAUUAGGUAAUUAUGAAGUAUCACCAAGUAAGAAAUCUCCGAAAAAAAGGAAUUUUGAUAAUGACGAUUAUAAUAGCUUCAAUGAGGAAUGUGAAAUAAAACAUGAGAAUAUUACUAAGAAAUCGCACAAAAAAUCUAAAGUAAAUGAUUCAUCCAUAGAAAUAGGAGAAACACAGAUAAAAACAGAAAAGCAUAGGAUAAAAAAUGAAUUUAUUAAACAAGAUGUUGAAUAUUUAUUUUCAAAUGAACCAAUCCAUAGUAAGUCUCACAAGAAACGUUCUAAGCAUGAAGUUAACAAUGAAGAUGUAAAACCUUUUAAAAACAGUGAAUUAGAUAAUUCUAUAUCAGAUGAAAGUAAUAUUUAUUCAUCUCCUAAAAAACGUUCGAAAAAAUUUAAAGAAACAAAUUUCGAAUUUUCACCUAGCAAUAUAAGAAUAAAAAUUGAAAGAUCGUCGUCCUUUGAAGAUUAA